GCGUGUUUUGCUCCAGCCCGGACCGCUCUUCACGUGGAGUGCAGAGCCUCUGUGUGUGUGUCAGUCAGUCUAACUCACAGACACGACCUACGAACCGAGCGAUCCACGCACUUUGACAAAGAAACACAACUAUGGCCUUCAGGAAGUUCCUGCCCUUGUUCGACCGGGUACUGGUGGAGCGCUUUGCCGCAGAGACCGUCACCAAGGGAGGCAUCAUGCUGCCGGAGAAGUCCCAGGGCAAAGUCCUACAGGCUACCGUGCUGGCAGUGGGACCAGGAAACAGGACAAAGGACUUCUAUAACUGGCCCGAUGAAUCCUUCGAGGAGAUGGACAGCACUCUGGCUGUGCAACAGUACAUCCAGCAGAAUAUCCGCACAGACUGCUCCAACAUCGACAAGAUCCUCGAGCCACCAGAGGGGCAGGACGAGGGUGUCUGGAAAUACGAACACCUCAGACAGUUCUGCCUGGAGCUCAAUGGACUGGCUGUCAAGCUGCAGAGUGAGUGUCACCCCGACAGCUGCACACAGAUGACAGCCACAGAGCAGUGGAUCUUCCUUUGCGCUGCCCACAAAACCCCCAAAGAGUGCCCAGCCAUCGAUUACACCAGACACACGCUGGAUGGAGCCGCCUGCCUUUUAAACAGUAACAAAUACUUCCCCAGCAGGGUCAGCAUUAAGGAGUCAUCUGUAGCGAAGCUGGGCUCAGUGUGUCGCAGGAUCUAUAGAAUAUUCUCUCACGCCUAUUUCCACCACCGGCAGAUAUUCGACAAGUAUGAGAACGAGACGUUUCUGUGCCACCGCUUCACGCGCUUUGUGAUGAAGUACAAUCUCAUGUCGAAGGACAACCUGAUCGUGCCCAUCCUGGAGGAGGAGGUGCAGAACGCUGCUUCAGGGGAGAGCGAGGCGUGACCCGCAGCCACUACUGGAAACAAGCAAAACAAUGUCUUGCUCUUCUGUAUAAAACAAUGUCCCACUCUUCUGUACCUCCAAAACAAUGUCUCCCUCUUCUGUACAAAACAAUGUCCCGCUCUUCAGUACAAAAGUGUCUCCCUCUUCUGUACAAAACAAUGUCCCGCUCUUCUUUCACCUGUUUCAAUCAUGUAGCCACACUGUUGCUUCUUUGUUUAGCAUUUUGUACCUUUUUGUGUCUUUUAGCUCUUUAAAAACAGGUUAAGUUAUUAUUGGCUAACUGUGUAAAAGCCAUCAGCGAGGCCUUCGUGGUUUUUAAAUGGACUACAUUUUCUGUUAUUAUUAUUAUUAUUAUUAUUAUUUUUAUUAUUUCUUUAUCUGUUAAUAAAAAUGAAUUAGUUGCCCAAAAC